GCGGAGCCGGCUGGCGUUCACGUGACUCGGCGUCGCCGGCUCGCUCACGGAAGUGGUCUUACCUUCGCGUUCGGCGGGGGGUCUCCGGGCGCCCUGCGGGGCGGGCAGGCUGGGCCAUCCAGCAGCCGGAGGUCGGGAUGGUGCAGCUGUACAACCUUCACCCGUUCGGGUCACAGCAGGUGGUGCCCUGCAAGCUGGAGCCGGAGCGGUUCUGCGGCGGGGGGCGUGACGCGCUUUUCGUGGCGGCGGGCUGCAAGGUGGAGGCUUUCGCGGUGGCGGGCCAGGAGCUGUGCCAGCCGCGGUGCGCCUUCUCCACGCUGGGCCGGGUGCUGCGCCUGGCCUACAGCGAGGCGGGAGAUUAUUUGGUAGCAAUUGAAGAGAAAAAUAAAGCUACCUUUCUACGUGCUUAUGUGAACUGGAGAAGUAAAAGGACUGAAAACUCUCGUGUGUGUAUCCGAAUGAUUGGGCAUAAUGUGGAGGGAGCCUUCAGCAAAGCCUUCAGAGACCAGAUGUACAUUAUUGAAAUGCCGCUUUCGGAGGUCCCCUUGUGCAUUUCCUGCUGUCCUGUGAAAGGAGACCUUCUCGUUGGCUGCACAAAUAAAUUAGUCUUAUUUAGUUUGAAGUACCAGAUCAUUAAUGAGGAAUUCUCACUAUUGGACUUUGAACGUUCUUUAAUUAUACACAUAGAUAAUAUCACUCCUGUUGAGAUUGCUUUUUGUGUUGGAUAUGUUGCUGUCAUGUCAGACUUAGAAGUCUUAAUCCUAAAACUGGAGCCAGGCCCUAAAAAUGGAGAGAGAGUUCACCACAAUCCACGUAAGACCAACAAUCGAAUGAGACGGACGGAAGAAGGCAUCAGUAAUGAAAUUUCACAGCUUGAGUCAGAUGAUUUUGUUAUCUGCCAGAAGCCCCUGGAACUUCUUGGUGAAAAAAGUGAACAGUCUGGACUAUCUGUUACACUGGAGUCUACGGGAUUAGCUGAUGAAAAAAGAAAAUAUUCCCACUUUCAGCACCUGCUCUAUAGACGUUUUGCUCCUGAUAUUUCGUCCUAUGUAUUGUCUGAUGACAUCAAGCUACAUUCCCUCCAGCUGCUGCCCAUUUACCAGACUGGUUCUCUUACUUCUGAUGGAAAAAAUUUGUCUCAGGAAAAAGAGUUGCUGAGUCUCUUUUGCUUUUUCUCCUUACCUCAUGUGGGCUAUCUCUACAUGGUUGUGAAAUCUGUUGAAUUGAUGUCAGUCUACCAGUAUCCUGAGAAGUCUCAGCAGGCAGUACUCACGCCACAAUUUUUGCACGUCAUUACAAGUAACAACCUGCAGUGUUUCACUGUACGGUGCAGUGCGGCGGCAGCUCGUGAGGAGGACCCGUACAUGGACACCACCCUGAAGGCUUGCCCACCUGUUAGUAUGGAUGUCUGUGCUUUAAGAAUACAGCUUUUCAUAGGCUUGAAAGCCAUCUGUCACUUUAAAAACCACAUCAUACUUUUGACUAAAGCAGACCCUGAGGCCAUUCCAGAGAGAAGACAGUCACCCAAGAGGCUUCUUUCUAGAAAAGAUACCAGUGUUAAGAUCAAAAUACCUCCUGUAGCUGAGGCUGGGUGGAAUUUGUAUAUUGUGAAUACGAUCUCACCAGUGCAACUGUACAAAGAGAUGAUAGACUAUAGCAAUACCUAUAAGACUGUCAAAACCCAGAGCUGCAUUCACCUUCUCAGUGAGGCUCAUCUGUUAGUGCGAGCUGCCCUGAUGGAUGCCAGUCAGCUAGAACCUGGAGAGAAGGCAGAGCUUUUGGAAGCAUUUAAGGAAAGCUGUGGGCACCUUGGGGACUGUUACAGCAGGCUUGACUCCCAGCAUUCGCAUCUCACCUUGCCAUACUAUAAGAUGUCUGGUUUGUCUAUGGCUGAAGUUCUGGCCCGCAUGGACUGGACAGUAGAGGAUGGAUUACAGAAAUACGAGAGGGGAUUAAUCUUUUACAUUAAUCAUUCACUUUAUGAAAACCUGGAUGAAGAAUUAAGUGAAGAAUUAGCAGCAAAAGUGGUUCAGAUGUUUUAUGUGGCUGAGCCAAAGCAAGUGCCCCAUAUUCUCUGUAGUCCUUCUAUGAAGAAUAUUAAUCCUUUAACUGCCAUGAGCUAUCUAAGGAAGCUGGAUACUUCUGGGUUUUCAUCGAUCUUAGUGACAUUGACCAAGGCAGCAGUGGCUCUGAAAAUGGGAGAUCUUGACAUGCACAGAAAUGAAAUGAAAAGCCAUUCAGAGAUGAAGUUGGUAUGUGGCUUCAUUCUGGAACCUCGACUGUUGAUUCAACAGAGAAAGGGACAGAUUGUUCCAACUGAGCUUGCACUUCACUUGAAGGAGACUCAGCCUGGAUUGCUUGUGGCUUCAGUUCUGGGCUUGCAGAAGAACAACAAAAUUGGAAUUGAAGAAGCAGAUUCCUUUUUUAAGAUGCUUUGUGCUAAGGAUGAAGAUACAACUCCUCAGCUCUUGGUAGACUUUUGGGAAGCUCAGCUAGUGGCAUGUCUUCCAGAUGUGGUACUUCAGGAACUCUUUUUCAAGCUCACAUCCCAGUACAUCUGGAGAUUGUCUAAGAGGCAGCCUCCUGACACCACACCAUUGCGAACGUCGGAGGAUCUGAUAAAUGCCUGUAGUCAUUAUGGCUUAAUUUAUCCAUGGGUUCACAUCUUAAUAUCAUCUGAUUCAUUAGCGGAUAAAAAUUAUACAGAAGAUCUUUCAAAAUUACAGGUAAGUAAAAAUACCUCCUUAUGAAAUUGCAUAUUACAAUGUAGUGUAAGAUUAAAUUUGCUGAGACCCCAGGUGUCCUGUUAAUCUAGAAUGUAGAAUUUUGAGGGGCAAAAUCCAUAGUUAGGCAUACUCAGGACACUUGGAGGGAAUUCCUGCCUGUGCCUGAAACUGCUGAUGGAUGGGACACCUGUGCUGAGUGGCUGGUUUCGUUGCAGGUGGAUGGACAAACUUCACCAAGUCUCCUGGCUGAUUUCCUCAUUUUCAGGAUGCACUUGAAAAUACUUUGUGAAAUGGAAGUGUGGCAAAUGUUUAGUGGUGUUUUUAUUGAUGUAGUUUGUUUUUGUUAGUGUUGACUUACACAUUUUAGGCCUCUCACCCAAGCCAGGCACUGCUAUUUCUCUUAUAAGAAACAGGUCAAAGUAGUCAGUUUAUCCAGCUCCUGAAAAGGAUUUUUCAGAAAUGAGGGGGAUGAUUAGAGAAUGUGGAUCAUCCUUUAAUAAUUCUGACUGCAGCAGUGUUUUGGCUGGCAGUGAGAAUUAAAGUCCACAUUUUUGGUGGAUCAGGCUGGGCCACAUGAGCAUAUGAUUUUAUUUAAUGCAGUUUAGUGGCCCAAAGACCAAUAUAAUUCCCACAUCUGUUUUCUUUGGUCUUCCCAGUGUAGGCGCUAACAUACAAAAAUUAAGAUUUCCUAUUAAGAAUUCUGAGUUUCAAGUCACUAUUGAAAAAUUUAGCAGCUCUGUUAACCCAAGGCCCUCAUUGCUUCUGACCUGAGGGUUGGGACUGACCCGGAGCCUCUCCUUGGGCAGUGCUCACACUGUCCUCCCGCACAGUUAUCAUCUUUAGGGUAUCCUGACCCAAAUGCUGAGUGUCUGUUUUCCUUAUGCCAGCUGCCCUUAUGCAUCUUCAUCAUUUGAUUGGCCUCUUUAGGCUUUUGAAUUUGCAAUGCCUCAUUUACACUAUGGGAACUGAUAUAAAUGUAGUUGUUACUUAGUAUCAAAUUGGGAAUGGGGCUUAGAGGAGGGAAGCUGAAGAAGCCAUAUUGCUUAGACUCAGCCUUCAGGUGGGGCUGUGGUGUUCCCAGAGGCGGCAUUAUUUAUGUGCUUCUUUAAAAAAUAACAAAAGAAGAUUCUUCUUGUCUCUUGUCUCUAGUACCAUUGUGAUACAAAGCCUUCUGAGGGCCUAGCCUCAGAUUUUGUUCACCUCACAAAUAUUGCUUGAGCAUGUGCUGUAGAUGUUAUGGGGAGCAUUGGACAAGACAGUGGAACUUUGCCUUCCUAGAACAUAUACACUAAUUACAUAUUUAAAAUUGUAAUUGGAAUAAGUGCUAUUAAAUUUUCCUGAUAAAUCUUUAAAGCAUAUUUAUAAUCAUUGCUUGAAAAAGUAUAAUUCAGUGAUCUUUUAAAAUUUGUUUCAAAAUAUAUUUAAAGGAAAAUCUUUGCUAUUAAAGGAGGAAAAUCUUUGCUAUUAAAUAGCAAAAUCUUUGCUAUUGAAGGAGAAACAUAAUCUGCCUAAACUUUUAUAAUUUUUUUUUUUUUUUUUUUU